GUCAAGGGGAUAGCGUCGUCUGCCUCUCUGCCACGUCGGGAGACACGCAAAACAUCUGUUGACGGUGCCAUUCUAGGCAUGGGCAUGCGAGGUCACCAAAUGUCGAAGACAGUUGUGACGCUGCCAGAUCACCAGCAUCACCUCCACUCCCACUCCGCACUGCCCAAUCACUACGCCCACUCCAGUCACCACCAGCACCACCACCUCGCCCACUCCACCUUGACCCCCAAUCACCACUACGCCCACUCACCCCCGCUGCUCGUUGUGUCGCCCACGUCUCCCCGAAAGAGCCCAGCGCACCUGCCGGAGCUCGUAACAAGAGAACCACACAAGAAGCGUCACGUAGCGGCGCCCGUCACCAACUGCACUUCUUGGCUCCAUCCUGAGGGGGAACCCGACUCGUCCCAAAGAGCGUCGACGUCACUGACUUCGGCUUCCGCUCCGUCGCCCUCGCCCGUGUCUCUCCGCCAGGGUUUCAGAGGAUCGAGAAUCCCAGUUAGGUCCGCGCGCCGGGCGGGGCUUCGGCGCAGCGAGGACGAGGAGGGCGCGCCGGCCCGCUACCUCCGCUCGCGCAGCCUGACGAAGCUCCCGCUGGAGGAGGCGGCGAUGACUCGCACCUUCCGCCUCGGCUCCUCCCGCUCCCCCCCGCCCUCGCCGCACUCCCCGCACUCCCCCUCCCCCUCGUCCCCCUCCCCGCGGGGCGACAGGAAGAAGAAGGACGAGAGGGGAAGCCGGAGGGCGGCCAAGAACGGGAUUUCGUCGCCGUGCACGCCCCUCUCCCCGCCCCACUGCAGCCGCCACGCCCAGCACGCCCACGCGCCCGUCUCGCCCCACGCCCUCCGCCGCCACAGACACGCCUCGCCACCCCGCCUGGAGCACGAGCCCUACGAGACGCCGCAGUACUUCACCUUCCACCUCACCCUCAGGAGCCCCGCGCGAGCCACGAACCCUGGAAGGGCGAGGAACGGCGCAAGAAAUGAUGGCAGCGCUUAUUCCACCGCAGACACAAUAGCAUCGUCAGCGGCAAGAAGACAGCAACAGCGGCAAGGAACCCAACAGCAUCAACAACGACAGCGAAGGCAACAGCACAAUAGGGGCGACCUACGAUUUCAACAUUUCCGAGGUCUUCCAGUGCAAUAAUUUUGGUAUAGUCGACUGCCUCACGUCUGUGAUUAAGGAGCCAGACACGGACGACAGCGAGAGUUGCAGCAGCGACUACGGCUCCGGCCUAGGCACGUCCCCCCCGGCCAAGUUUUCCGACACGGACUCCGCCAUCGAGGCCCUGGCUGUGUCCUCCGACCUGCCUCUGAAGGGCUUCCCGACGCCUCGCCCUUCGGCCCUCGCCAGGAGGAAGAAGCCGGACAUGGGGUCGAUCCGCUGGCGAAGCUGCGCCGAGCUCACGCAGAAGUACCGCUCCUCGCCGGCGUCGUCCGUGCUGAAGCGCCAGUGGUCGGACCGGUCCCUCCAGGCGCGCCUCCAGGAGCAGGCGCUGAGGGGCAUGUCCGUGGAGGUCUACGACGGCGACGUGGGCGUGUCGGUGCUCACCCUCUCGUCCUCGUCGUCGGCGCUCAGGAGGGGCCAGAGGAGCACGAAGGCGGGGCCCGAGGGGGACGUCGCGGCGCAGGUCGAGGCCAAGCUCCUACGCAACGAGUCGAGGGAGAGUCAGGACCUCCACGACUCCCUGGCCGUCGAGGCUUCGGGGUCGGACUUCGAGGUGGACGGCGAGGAGGAGGACGAGGCGAUGGAGACGGACGAGUGCGCGCCGCCGCCCCCGACGGGGUCCUCGAAGGUGCCUCGGCCGUCGUCGCGGAGGAGCAGGAACAGCAGCAGGCAGCGCAUGUCGAGAACAAACAAGGUGUUAUCGAAGAACAAGGAUCAGGACGACAGCGUCACCAGCACCACGGGCAGGGGAAGCGGGAGCCCCGUGUGUAUAAAGAGGCCUCUCAAAGACGACGUGAUGCUGGCCAUUAAGAUAGGGCAUCUGAAGGACAAGGAGAUGGACCACGUAUUAGGAAUUCAAGAGGACGACGGCAGCGGCCCAGGUCUGAGUGAGGAGGAGCUCGAACUCUCCACCUCACGUGAGUUAGCGGGUUACUGAGCUCGUUUAGCCGUCGACGUCGCUUAUGUGUGUUUUGAUUUGCUAAUUGGCAACUGAAUG